UUAAAUCACUUAUACUAAGUUCUCUUAAAAUGGAUUUUGAAAGUCCUGAUGUGGAAAAGGAUUUUCCUGGUCUGUAUGCUUCUGAGAGUACUAAGAGAAGUUUGUCUCGGGACAGUGAUUUUAGUGAUGAGGAAAAAACAUCACGUAAAGAUCUUUUAGGUAAAAAGAGAGAAAAAAGGGAAUCAAAAAGGGAUAAAGGUUAUGUUGCAUUUGAAGGGGAAAGUUCUGAAGAUGAAAUUGAUGAAACAAGGAGCCCAGGAAGAAAUAAAAAAAGUAAAUCAUCUACUUUCAAAUUUCCUGGUAAAGACAAAAAAGAAAAACACAGUAAAACGAAGGAUCGGGAAGCAAAAGAAAAAAAGGAAGAGAAAGAGAAAAUAGGCAAAAGGGAAACUAAAGAACUUAAAAAAGAUGAUAAAACUAAAAUAAAAAAGAAAAAAGAAAGAACACUAUUAAAAAUAAAGGACAGGAAAAAAAAGAAUACGGAUCAAGAAAAAUCAGAAGAGAAGCCAAUUUUUGGGGUCCCACUUCAAGUAGCAGUUGAAAGAAGCAAAAGCCAUGAUGGAAUUGAAUUACCUGUAGUUGUGCGUGAAUGCAUUGAUUAUAUAGAAGAACAUGGGCUUGCAUGUGAAGGAAUAUAUAGAAUUUCUGGAUUAAAGUCUAAAAUAGGACAGUUAAAAGCUCAGUAUAACAAAGGGGAGAAAGUGUACUUAUAUGAGCAUGAACCACAUGUUGUUGCAAAUCUCCUUAAGCAGUUUUUACGAGACUUGCCAGAGCCUGUAUUGACAUUUGAACUUAAGCCAAAAUUUGAGGAAGCUGCUGCUCUGAAGAAUGAACGAAAGAAAGUGGAGACAUUGGAGAAAUUAUUGAAUGAGCUUCCUAAUUGCAACCGCCUUCUUUUAUCAUGGAUAUUUGUACAUAUGCUGCAUGUCAUAAGUUUGGAAAAAAGAAAUAAAAUGAAUCUGCAGAAUAUUUCAAUUGUUCUUGGACCUGCAAUGCAAAUAAGUCACCAUGUUUUACAAGCUUUCUUUGCACACAGUAAUGUUUUAUUUAAAGGAGUUGAAAUAAAAAAGUAUGUACCACCAAUAGAAUUAGACAGUAGCCGACUGUCCUUGGAGCUACCAGAUUCACCUUUAGCUCUUGCUGAAGAACUUUUGAAACAAGAAAAUGUGCUUAGUAUUCUGCAUGCUGAAUUGAAUGCUGGUUUAAGAGAUAAACAAAAAGAAGAGCAGCUAUGGGAAGUCCAGAGAGUUGUUACACAACUAAAAAGAAAGUUGAGAUUUGUGAGACAAGUUCAAGAUGCUUCUAAUCCUAGAUCGGAAGACAGUGAGAUCAAAAAUAAAAGCACAAAUGAUAUGGCAGUUAAUAUGGCUAUUCAACAGGUUUCAAAUACAGAAUUACCAGCAAAAUGUGAGGAAAAAUCUGAAGUAAAUCUAAAUAUUGGAAAUUCUGUAGUGAAAGAUAUUGUGGCACCUUCUAAAGAUCCUGAGAACAAAGUUUCUGAAAUGGUUAAUGUGGUGGUGGAAACGGAAAACACUGCACAAGUGUCACCCACAAGUACAGAAAAAGAGAGUGUUGCUGAAAGUUCAGUUGUGAUAAACAAGGAUGAGGGGCCAUCUAAGUCAGAGGAAAAAAGUGUCUCUAGGGAAGUUCAUGUAGUAGAUACAUUUGAAAAGUCUACAUCUCAGCUUCAGGAACGCUGUGCGGAUAAUUUCACACAGUGUAAAAAUGAAUCUGUUCCUGUUCUUCAUCGAGAAGGAAGAAGACUCCAAUUGAAAUGUGAUGAACUCAUGCUUUUGUGUGAUGAAUUGAAACAAAAAUUAAAUUCUGAGACGUUAGAGAUUGAAAGAUUGAAAAUGGAAGUCAGCGAGUAUCAGCAACUCUAUAAGUUUAAACGGUAUUCCUUUGAUUCAACUGAAAAUAGUUCAUCUGACAGGGGUGAUAGCAGUGCUUCUGAUGCUGAUGAUGAGGAAGAAGAUUUAGCUGCAGUUCUUGAAGAUCUGAUGAAAGAUAAUAAACAGUUAGAGGUAAACAUAUCAGAAGGAGCAAAUCUUAUGUCAAUAUAUCCUCGGUUUAUACUUGGGAGGGCAAACUGGGAACUCUUCUCAUCUCUUGCAGAGUUCACCAAAGAAAUGAUAAAAGAUGUGCCUAUUGAUGAUGCAGUAAUAGCUGUUACUAAUAUUACAAUGCAGGCAGCUAUAGCCUGUAUACCAAUGACAUCAGAAAAUCUACAAAAAUAUUGA